UUUUUUUUUUCAUUACUUAUCAAAAACUACAAUAGCAUUCUACUGUUAAAACAAAGAUAAUCUAUAUCAAAGUUAUAUUAUUGGUCAAGAAUGCAAUAAAAGUGAACUGGAAUGGACGUACACCAACCAAUCUUUUAAAGAGCAACCUAAAAAACCUUUAUGCUGUCGAUAUAUAUAUAUAUUCUAGAUGGCGUGCUUCUGUUACAAAAUGUGUACAACAAACAUAUAGUUCCACUAUUUCAAUCACCGACUGUUAUGUAUGUAUAUAAAGCAAUUUCUUUUUUUUUUUUUUUUGUUGUCGCUUAACUCUUUUUUAUAUCCCAUAUGACUAUAGUAGAACAAAACAGCUUGAAAAGACGUAAUAUUGGAUUGACAGCCGUAGAUCAAGACAAGGUACAACCUGGGUAUACUUUAUUCGCACCUCUUAGUUCUAAUGGCGAGGUAUAUUUGAUCAACAACCAUGGUGAAACUGUGCGUGAAUGGCAUUUACCUUAUCGACCUGGACGUCAUGCUCGUAUUUUAUCCAAUGGAAAUUUAGCAUUCAAUGGUGCAUUACCGACAGCACCUCAUCUAUUUUUGAUGUGGGAAAAGUAUCGUGGUGGAGCUAUGCUACAAGUGGACCCUCAAGGCAAAAUUGUACGAUCACAUUAUGAUUCCUAUGCUCAUCAUGACGCGCAUCAUUUGGAUGAUGGAUCUAUCUUGUAUACUACAUUGGAAGCUCUCUCAGAAGAACAAGGAAAACAAAUCCAAGGUGGUGUUCAUGGAUCAGAAGCGCCCAGUCAUGUAUACAGUGAUGUUAUCAAGCAAGUGGAUGCAAAUAAUAAUGUGAUUUGGAAAUGGCAUGCAUUUGAACAUCUGGACAAAACCGAAUUUGCACUUCAACCUCAUUAUCCUCGUGAACAUUGGCCUUUGAUCAACACUGUUUACCCUCUUAAGGAUGGCAAUAUUUUGGCAAGUCUACGUAGUGUAUCAUCCGUGAUCAUCAUUGAAAAAACUACAGGCAAAGUCAUUUGGCAUUUGGAUCGCAACACUGUGGCUCAACAACACAAUCCUACUGAAUUGGACAAUGGUAAUAUUUUGAUAUUUGACAAUGGUGCCUUUAGAACUGAUGAAAGUGUGAAUUUUUCCCGUGUGAUCGAGGUGGACCGCAACACCAAAGAAAUCGUUUGGCAAUACAAGGAUCGUCAACCUGAAUUCUUCUUCACUCCUUUUAUGGGUUCGGCACAGAAAUUACCGAAUGGUAAUGUUUUAGUCAAUGAAGCUGCGUUUGGUCGUAUCUUUGAAGUAACUGUGGAUGGCAUUUUGGUGUUUGAAUAUAUCAAUCCAUACUUUACAAAAUACUCGGUCCCUGAACUAUUACCUGCAUUCCCCAAUGAAAGCAAUGCGCUCUUCCGUGCGUACAAGUAUACAAAGAAUCAGCUUCCUUGGUUACAAGAUGAACAAAAGGUGAUUGUCAAUGUAGAAUUAUGAUGAAUUAGUACAAUUAUAUUUUUAGUAUGAAAAUAAAAAAAUAAAAAACUUUUGAUGUCAAUAUGGUGUGUUUUAUCUCAA